AUGCCAGAUUCAAAUACGAAAGAUUCCCCUCAAACCCAAUCAUUUUUGAAAAAAUUAUCGUGUAAACAUGGAUGGGGUGUAUUUUUAACCAUUAUUCCGAUACUUAUAAUUUCGACUAUAUUCACUUCUAUAAUAUGCGCUAUAUACAUUCUGUGUGAUAUUGACAUAACUUUACCCGGAAGCUUGGUUGGUACUGUUUCUGUCGUGGUCGGUCUUCUUCUGGCUUUUCGUACAAACCACGCUUAUAAUAGUUAUUAUGAAGUACUCUUGCAAGAAAUAGUGCAAGAUUUAUUUGGGUCAGUGUGGCUGAAAGCUCAAAGAAAGAUCGGGAUGAAAAAAAAAGAAAGUAUUCAACUUUUGUUAGCAUUUGUUAUUGCAGCUAAACAUCAUCUUCGUUUGGAGUUCGGCAUUGAACAUGAUGAUUUUGAGGGUUUGUUACCAGGCGAUUAUCAACGUACAAAGUUUUUUGGUAAUGCUGGUCAAGAAAAUAUAGAACCACACUGUAAAAGUACAGAGGAUCCGGAUAAUCCUGAUGAUCUUGUUAACGCUCAGGACCCUGCUCCAAGUGUCACCGUACAUAAUCAAGAACCGACCGAAAAUACUCAACUUCUCCAAAAAUCUAAAAACCAACAUCCGGUAUCAUAUAUAAAAAAUACUUUUCGCUCGCUUGUAGGUAAUAAUCUAAACAAUGCACAGGAUAUUGAUGUUACAUGGGGAACUGAAGAUCCAAAAAUGAGUCUCCCAAUGGAAAUCGUUUUUCAUCUGGGAAUGUAUUAUGAUAAACUGGCACGUGAAAAAAAAGCCGACCCUUAUCGGCUUUACGCAACUUUAGACUCGUUGAUAGAUAUUUUAGGCAAUCUUGAGAGGAUUAGCAAUACACCAAUUCCCGCAGCUUAUAAAAUUCAUCUAUAUGUUUGGGUACUUCCGUUCACUCUUGUUGAAAUUCUUGGAUGGUUUACUAUUCCAGUUAUCUUCGUAAUCUCCUUUAUUCUUUUUGGUGUUGAAGCAAUCGGUUCUGAAAUUGAAGAUCCAUUCGGUUAUGAUUUAAAUGAUUUGCCAUUGGAUGAGUAUUGCAAGGAUUUGGAGGCCGAAAUUAAAUACUUGUAUCGAUAUCUUCCAACUGGACAAUCUGAUUUCCAUAUUUAA